AGAAAAAUAAUUUACCUGCAAGUCUGGAAAUCUAGGUGUGGUCCUGUCUCAGUUUCAACGAGUUCUAAAAGCAUGUCUAGGCAAACCAGUGAGCAUGAGCAGAGAAGGAAGUUAGGACCCUGCAUUACGGAUGUUUUGUCUCUGCAAAAUUCUGUUGAACUCCUUCGGAAUGCCACAGUACAAACUGACCACAACUGAAUCUACAGAUGCUCGAGGCAGUAACCAGAGUCUAAACAGUCUGUCUACCACCCAAAAUACUGGAAAAUCUAAUGAGCGACCAAUAGCUAGCUGGGCAGUGUCUUUUGAGAGGCUUCUUCAGGACCCAGUGGGAGUCAAGUAUUUCACAGAAUUCUUGAAGAAGGAGUACAGUGCUGAAAAUAUCUUAUUCUGGCUUGCUUGUGAACGCUUUCGGCAGAUCCCAGAAGAUGAUACCCAGCAGCUGUUUACAGAAGCACGUAAGAUCUACGACAGUUUUCUGUCAAGCAGUGCCUCCAGCCCUAUUAAUGUCGACAAGCAGGCAAGGAUGUCUGAAGAAGCCCUCUGUACACCAAAACCAAAUAUGUUUGAGGUACAACAACUCCAGAUUUUUAACCUAAUGAAGUUUGACAGCUAUACCCGGUUUGUGAAAUCAAAACAAUACCAAGACUGUGUACUGCUAGAAGUUGCUGGACAACCCCUUCCUGGUAUGAGCCCCAAACUGCAGGACCAAGGUGCAGCAGUUAGUACAAGGGAAAGUUCAUCUUCAUUUGACUCCAAAAAGCAAAGAAAAUUGAAAGCUGGAAAGUCUUUACCUGCUGGGGCUGAUAUGGAGUGGAAAGGCAUUACUAUGGAUAAAGACAUCAAUAAGAAUAUCAACAAGUCAGGGAAGACAACAGAUAAAUGUGGAUCCUGUGGAGAACUUCUAGAGAGUAACAAUGUGUUACAGCUAAGAAGAGAGUCCCAGGGUUCCCUGAACUCUGCUGCUAGCCUUGAGCUAGCAUUCCUUCCAUCUCUGUCAAGCAAAUCAGAGAAUGAAACUACAAAUGCUCGCAGCAACACUGAGCAGGAAAAUAAAUCCAUCAAAUACUGUUGUGUUUAUUUACCUGAUGGGACAGCCUCUCUUGCUAAAGUACAGCCUUCAUUCACAAUUCGAGAUAUGUUGUCAGGGAUAUGUGAAAAACGAGGGAUCGACCUUGCUGAUGUAAAGGUCUACUUAAUGGAAAAUGAAAAGAAGCCCCUAAUGUUGGACCAAGAGAGCAUAGUCCUGAUGGACAGAGAAAUUCGGCUUGAAAAUCGGAUCACUUUUGAGGUGGCAAUUACCCACAUCAAGAAAACUGUUAAAAUCACAGCAAAACCCAGCAAAACAUUGCGGGAGGCACUUCAACCCUCUUUUGAGAAAUACAAUGUGAAACCCAAGACAGCAAUACUCAGAAUUACAGGUGAAUCAAAAAGCCUUGAUCUGAACAGCGCUGUAAGCCUCGUGGCCAACCAGAAAUUGAUGCUGGACCUUACUGAAGCUCCCAAAGAAACAGAACAUAUCAACAGUGCUGGGCAUUCAUGCAGUUCACCAGGGAAAACAGAUCCAAUUAAGAAAUGUAUCUUCCAUGAUCAUGAAGGUGAAGCUGCUAAUAUUGUGCCGGAAAUGCCUACAUUUUCACAACAGAAUACAAAAGCCAAGGCGGCUGGUGUAAAUCCACACCGAAGGACAUAUGAAAUGGAAGGGCUAAUAGAACUUUUAAAUCGAGCUCAGAAAUGCCGAGCAGAUGACCAGCGAGGAUUGCUAAGUAAAGACAGCCUUGUUCUCCCAGAAUUUCUGCUGCUGCCAGAGGACAAAGAUGAGGGAUACAGUGAAACAUAUGAAGAGACAAAUGAACCUCCAGAACCUGAGAUGGAAGUCAUGGCUUCAGCACAGAUUACAGAACACAACAUUGAGGCCACUGAAUGGAAGUUGAAAAGGGACAGUUGUGAGCACUGUCUAGAGACCUUGCCUCAAGUUAUCCAACCCAGUUCUGAUUGUACUACAAGCCUGAAACUACAUGACAUUGUGCACACACAGGUCUCACGUAAUUCAUCACAUCCUGGAAAUGGAGAAAAGAACACACAAGGUGAAGUUUUAUGCUGUCCUUCAAGCAAGCCUGCUCCCAGCUGCUGUAAAGACCAAACAGCACUCCCUGCAACAGAUGAACAUGCGCGGGCAGGAUGGGUAGAAGAUCGUGUACAAAAUAAAUGCUCAACAAAUGAACUUAGCACUGUGAACAUUCAAACAAGAGGCAUUUCUGUCCAGCAGAAUCCCGGAAACACAAAGGCUGCAGGCAAUGAGAGUGCCACAUCCAUUGAAUCAGCAUGAGAACUCUUUCCAAUAUUUUUUCCUCACCUAAUUUUCUCAUCAAGCCUUUGUGGAACUCCCCUUUGGUACCUGACUUGUACAGCAUUUAAGAAAUAGUUGCAAUUCCAGUUAUCUGCAUCCUCCAAAUGGUAGAUGUUUUGUGUAGUCUGAUUAAACACCUGUUUUGCACACACACACACACACACACACACACACACACACACACACACACACGCAUGCUUCUGUGUGUUUAGAAACAAACAUAAAUUCAAAUUAUGUAUAGUAGCGAAUGCUUAUCAAUGAUUUAUUUAAUGUCUUUUUAACAAAUAGAAACAACUUUAGAAUAUAAUAUUUAAAACAGCACUUUUAUUUAUACAUAUAUGAAAAAGAGGGAGUAUAGUUGAAUGAUUCUCCUCCAUUAAAAGAUGGAUUUGUGAAUUAAUCCUUUACCACUGUGCAAGAACUGAGCAAUUAAGAAUAGUGUUUAUUCUGCCUAGUAUGUCAUUUUCAUGACUAAUAACACAAUGAAAUCUUUCCAUAGCCUGCUGUAAAAAUAGAUGCCUGAAUGUUCUGUCUUAAGAGUCUGCAGCUACAUUAAAAAAAUCCUAAAAGAGA